AUGCUCUAUGCUGCACCAAAAGUUUUAUCAGAUAAGAAACAGUUUACACAAGUGGCAGAUAUUUAUGGAAUUAAUGGUAUGUGGUGGUCUGUUGCACUUAAAGUUAUUCAUAAUUCAAACAGAAAUGAGCAAGGAUUUAUCCAAGAAUUGAAAAAUUAUUGUGAAAUUGGUUACAAGAAUCCUUUAUUCUUGGACUGUAUUGGAGCAUCAAAAAAUAACUAUAGCAAUUAUAUGCAGAUUGCAGUAAAAAGUUCAUUGUGGCAAAAUCUUGUACAAGUAUAA